AUGAAUGAGGGGUUUGUUGGUGGGUUAGUAGUGAAGACGGUGGCAAAAACGACUCAGUUAAUGGGAGCGUUGGACCAACUUAGGGAUCCACAGUGCGAGCUCGUCCUUUUGAGGGCUUGUGCGAGUUUGUCUAAGUUGUAUUUCGCCUUGAGGACUUUCCCGCCACAACUCUUUGCUCAGGCGGCAACCCAGUUUGAUAUUGCGCUUCGGAGGUCAAUCGAGAGCAUUGUCACAUCCGAAGGCCCAGGUGGGCAUUUUACUUCCGCCCGGGCCUUUCUUCAAGCCAAGCUACCUGAGGUUGACCUUCUUCAAAUCACCACUAAAGGGCCUGUCCCUCCAAAACCAAUGCAUUACUUGGUAGACAUCUUUUAUGGUGGCGUUUGUAGAGAUCUAUUGACGGAGUUUGACCUUUCAGAGAGGCAUGUUGCGAUUGUUAAGUGUCUGCGGGUAAAGCACGCCCAGGAUUUCUUGUUGGCCACGCCUAUUGAGGGGUUGGGGCAGCGUAUGACUCCGAGGGAGUUCCAGGCCAUCCUUAGGUACAGGUUGUUGGUUCCUUUGUUCGUGGAGGGGACAGUGCGCCUAGUUUAUCGUAGAACACAGAUGGAUUCUUUUGGAGAGCAUGCCAUCCACUGUCAGAAGCAGCUGGGAUUCAAGUACAGACACGACUUAGUCAAAGAUGUCUUACGUACAGAAAGAAAACCCUAUCGAUCAAGACACAGAGCUCAGCACGCCAAUCAAAAUCAAGAGAACCCCGAAGCUUCAACUUCUUCGGAGUCUUCAGUCGCGGAAGGAUCCACUGACAACUCGACGGACAUCCAGAAGGGCGACGUUCAGAAUCAGAGCGUUCUCGACGUGACGACAAGAUCUUCGCAAGAACCCAAUGGUCAAGCCAAGGACGCAACGUCUCAGGGUUCCUCAGAAUCCGUCAGCGUCCGGCAAGAAAAGCGUGCUAGCCAAAACCGAGGAAAUCACGAUUCCGUGCCGUCGACCUCGCAAUGCGAUCUGUUCUCAGGGAAGUGGGUGAGGGAUGAGAGGGGGAGCAUAUACACGAACGAGACAUGCAGGACGCUUCCGGCUGCGAGGAAUUGUGGGAGGUACGGGAAGGAACAGGGGCAUGUCUACUGGAGAUGGAAGCCUGAUGGGUGCGAGCUGCCGAUGUUUGAUCCCGAGUUGUUUCUGAGCAUUGCAAGAGGGAAGAAGCUUAUGUUUAUCGGUGAUUCGCUAGCGAGGAACAUGAUGGAGUCGUUGCUGUGUCUCCUCUCUCAGGCAGAGACUCCAAUCAACACCUACAAAGACCCCAAAGACCCUAAAGACAAACACAGAACCUGGUACUUCCCAGCCCACGACUUCACCCUCAUGGUAAUCUGGACAGAAUUCCUGGUCGAAACCAACGAAAUAAUCAUCAACGGAACAGCGACAGACACCUACAACAUAAACCUCGAUAAACCGAAUCCAGUAUGGGGCAAAAAACUCAAAGAGCUAAAAUAUGCAGUUAUCAAUCACGGCAACUGGUUCACGCGAAAAACAUACAUUUACAGAAAAAAGAAACUGAUAGGCUGCGUACACUGCUAUGGCGAGAAAAUACCAGGCAUAAGUAUGUCAUCCGCAAUCAGAAUGGUUAUGAAAUCUGCGUUCAGGUUCAUAAACAAAUGCAAAGAAUGUGAAGAUUUACUUACAGUCAUGAGGACAUACUCAAUGUCGCAUUUUGAGCAUGGGUCUUGGUUAACUGGGGGAUAUUGUAAUAGGACAGAGCCAUUAAGAGAGAGCGAGCUGAACAUGGAGAAUAAAGCUUGGGAAUUCAGGAGGAUUCAGAUGGAGGAGAUGGAGAGAGCGAGGAGAGAAGGGAAGAGGAGAAUAGAGCUUAUGGACGUCACCAAGGCGAUGAUGCUGAGGGCGGAUGCGCACCCUGGAAGACAUUGGUAUGCCAAGUCUGCCAGUGAUUGCUUGCAUUGGUGCUUGCCCGGACCUAUUGAUAUGUGGAGUGAGGUUUUGUUGGAAAUUAUGAAGAAGAACAGAUGAUGAGGUUUGAUUUGUAAGUUUUGCGUUUGGAAAUUGUUUAUUUGAACAUUUGAUCAAGGGAAGGUGCAAACGUGGGUGGAACUUGAAGGUUUUCAUAAUUUGAAAUUUGAUUUGUGGAAGAUUGUAUAGGGAAAAUAGAACUUCAUUUGAUUCUGGUGUAAAAAUUUGACUCUUCAAAGCAUUUUAACAUGAUGAAGUUUAUGCAGAACUUUUCAUGAGUGA